AAGAACCUAUGGAGGCAAUUCAUCGAAGUUGGAUGAGCAUGAAUAUAUAUAUUAUUGUGGUGUUGGCUCUUUGGCAUUUUCCUGCUCAUCAUCGCCACCUACUUGCUUCUUCUGCCCCAACUGAUCCCAAUGAUGUGAUGGGAUUGAAGGCCCUCACCAUUGACUUCCCAAAGUUAUUUGGAGUGAAUUUCCCAAUGCUCGACGGCGACCCCUGCUAUCCCGGCGAAUUGGCCUGGAUCCAAUGCAGCGCCGAUCCUGUCCCCCGUGUCAUUGCCUUGAAUCUUGGAGACAUGCAGCUGUACAGAGGACGACCAUCGCUUCCUGAUUUCAGUUCCAUGGAUGCCCUUCAGACCAUAGACUUACAUGGUAACUUCUUGUCCGGACCUAUCCCAGAAUUCCUAGGUACCUUUCCAAAGCUAACUUAUUUGUAA